AUGACGACAUUCACUACGGAAGGGGCUGUCAAGGUCCCGGUCCUGGCGGACAAGGCCGGCGGGACGAUCGUAGAGCGACCACUGACGGUGGCAGAACUCGGUGUUUCUGAAAAGCGCAUGAUUCGCAAGAUCGACUUUGCCCUGAUCCCGCUGGUUAUGGGGCUGUACAUGUUCAGUUUCUUGGACCGCGUUAAUAUUGGCAAUGCACGCCUCUACAGCCUGGAAGAAGACCUUGGCAUGCACGGCCAUCAAUACCAGACCGCCGUCUCGAUUCUCUUCGUCACCUACAUUACCUUUGAAAUUCCUAGCAACCUCGUCCUUAAGAAGUUCACCCCCAGUCGCUGGAUUGGAUUCAUUACCACUGCCUGGGGCAUCAUCGCCACCCUGACUGGCCUUGUCCAUUCAUACGGCGGCCUGGUAGCCUGUCGUGUGCUGCUAGGUACUGUCGAGGCCGGUCUGUUCCCGGGCCUGAACAUUUACCUGACGCUCUUUUAUACGCGCCGUGAGCUGGCAGUCCGCGUUGGCUUCUUGUUUGUGUCGGCCGCUAUUGCAGGCGCGCUGGGAGGUCUGCUUGCGUAUGGUAUCGGUCACAUGGACGGCCUAGACGGAAGACAUGGCUGGAGUUGGAUCCUGAUUAUAGAAGGCAUUCCUAGUUUCGUCCUCGGCAUCGCCUGCUUUUUUCUCUUGCCUAAUUCGCCAGAGUCAGCCUAUUUCUUCACUGAGACCGAGAAGAAAGCCGUUGCAUUGCGCUGGGCUGGCGAGUAUGGCCGCACCGAAAGUGCCCAAGAGUUUAGCAAGAAGGAUAUGUACAAGGCAUUCACGGACUGGAAGGUCUGGGUCUUUUGUGCUGGCCAGUUCGGCGCUGACACCAUGCUUUACGGCUUCUCAACCUUUCUACCCACCAUCAUCAACGGCCUGGGCAAGUGGACUACAGCCCAGGUGCAACUGCUAACCAUCCCCGUUUACUUCCUUGGCGCCGCCACCUACAUGACCAUGGCCGUGCUGUCUGACCGCAUACAGCAGCGCGCUAUCUUUUGUAUAAUAUUUGGUGCCAUAAGCGUGGUUGGCUAUGGAGUGUUGAUCUCGGAUUCGUCGGCAGGCGUGCACUAUUUUGGUUGCUUCCUGAUUGCCAUGGGACUGUAUGUUCUCGUGGGAAUUCCUCUCGCAUGGCUGCCCGUCAACUGCCCCCGAUACGGCAAGCGGACAACUGCGAGCGGCAUGCAAUUGACCUUUGGAAACGCUGCUGGCAUCAUGGCGCCUUUCAUAUAUGCUACGAAGGACAAGCCUCGUUACAUCCGGGGCCAUGCUAUUACCCUGUCCCUGGUGGGUUUGUCAACUUGCAUUUAUGUCUUUGUCUGGUGGAGCCUAUCCAAAGCGAAUCGCGCCAGAGAUGCUGCAGAGCGCGAAGCCGAGGAACAGGGCCGGCCGUUACAGUUGCCUGAAGAACUGGAGGAGCUGGGCGACGAGAGCCCGCACUUCCGGUUCCUGACGUCGAUGAGCAUCUACUCGUUCCUGAUCGCGGUGCGAUCGGAAGGCCAGAUGCUAACGAGCGACGCCGGCGAGACGACAUCGCAUCUUAUGGGCAUGUUUUACCGCACGCUUCGCAUGGUGGACAACGGCAUCAAGCCGCUUUAUGUGUUCGAUGGUGCGCCACCAAAACUUAAGUCUGGCGAGCUCGCGCGACGAUACAUGCGCAAGCAGGAGGCGACAGAAGGUCUGGAGGAAGCCAAAGAAACGGGCACGGCUGAGGAUAUUGAGAAGUUCUCGCGGCGGACAGUGCGCGUGACGCGAGAGCACAACACAGAGUGUCAGCGGCUGCUCAAACUCAUGGGUAUUCCUUUCAUAGUCGCCCCGACCGAGGCCGAAGCGCAGUGCGCUGAGCUGGCGCGUGCCGGCAAGGUGUAUGCGGCUGCCAGCGAGGACAUGGAUACGCUCUGUUUUAACACACCUAUCUUGCUGAGACACCUGACUUUCAGCGAGCAGCGGAAGGAGCCUAUCCAGGAGAUUCACCUGGACAAGUUGCUGCUGGGACUGAACAUGGAGCGGGAACAGUUUGUCGACCUCUGCAUCCUUCUGGGCUGCGACUACCUUGAUCCCAUUCCCAAGGUCGGCCCCAAUACAGCGCUAAAGCUGAUCCGCGAACAUGGCUCACUCGAAAAGGUUGUCGAGUUCAUGAAAACCGACAAAAAGCAAAAGUUUGUCAUACCCGACGACUGGCCCUACGAAGAUGCGCGCGAGCUCUUCUUCAAACCCGAUGUGCGCUCUGCCAGCGACCCAGAAUGCGACUUCAAAUGGGAAAAGCCCGACGUCCCGGGCCUCGUUCAGUUUCUCGUAAACGAGAAGGGCUUUUCUGAGGACCGCGUACGCUCGGCUGCCGCCCGCUUAGAAAAGCAUCUUAAGGGCACACAGCAACAGCGCUUGGAAGGAUUCUUCAAGCCAGUGCCCAAGACAGAGGAAGAGCAAAAGGCGCACAAGCGCAAGCUCGAGGAGAAGAACGAGGAAAAGAAGAAGCGGGUUAAGGAGGAGAAGAAGAAGGCUAAGGCCAAGGGGAAGCCGCGGGGUGCGGUCUGA